GAUUCAAGACUUUAUUUUCACAAAUGAAUGGAGACAUGGAGGCAGCGACCCAAGACCAAGUGUGGGCGCAGCAUGACCUCCUGAAACUGCUGGAGGCCAUGAAAGUGGCCCUUCCACAGAAGGACUUGACUAAAUAUAAAACGUCCGAGUCCCACUUGGACUGGCAGAAGGUGGCCUUCAACUCUUACACGGCAGAGAUGUGUAAGCAGAAGUGGCAGGAGGUCUCCAAAGAGAUUCGUAAAUUCAGAACUCUAACGGAGCUGAUAUUUGAUGCUCAGGACUACAUCAAAAACCCAUAUAAAGGCAAAAAAAUAAAGAAACACCCAGAUUUCCCCAAGAAGCCUUUGACUCCAUACUUCCGGUUCUUCAUGGAAAAGAGGGCCAAAUACGCCAAGCUGCACCCUGAGAUGAGCAACUUGGACUUGACAAAAAUCCUCUCCAAGAAAUACAGGGAGCUGCCUGACAAAAAGAAGAAAAAAUAUGUCGACGACUUCCUACGGGACAAGGAAAGCUUUGUGCAAAGCAUGAUGAAAUUCAGGGAAGAGCACCCAGACCUUGUGGAGAGCAUGGCCAAGAAAGGUUCCAAUGUUCCAGAAAAGCCCAAGACACCCCAGCAGUUGUGGUAUAACCACGAAAAGAAGGCGUUCCUAAAGACGCAUCCAGAUGCGACCACCAAAGACAUUAAGGACAGCCUGGGCAAACAGUGGACGCAGCUGUCUGACAAAAAGAGGCUCAAAUGGAUCGCCAAGUCCCUGGAACAGCAGAAGCUGUAUGAGGAGGCGAUGCGCGAGUACAUACAGCAGCACCCAGAGCUGAACAUGACCCAGGGAAACUAUUUGAAGUCAACCCUGACCAAGGCGGAGCGCCACCUGAAGGACAAGUCUGACGGCCGGCCGGACAAACCUCCCCCAAACGGCUACUCGAUGUUCUGCGCCGAGCUGAUGUCCAGCAUGAAGGACGUUCCCAGCACCGAGCGCAUGGUGAUGUGCAGCCAGCGCUGGAAGCUGCUGAAGCAGAACGAGAAGGACGCCUACCAGAAGCGCUGCGAACAGAGGAAAAAGGAGUACGAGAUUGAAAUGAACAGGUUUCUCAGCACCCUGUCGGAGGAGGAGCAGCAGCGCGUUUUGGGGGAGGAGAAGGUCGGUUCUAAGAAGGGCGGCAGAGCAAUCAGUCCUGCCACUAAAAACAAGAACGCUAAAGCACAGGCCAAUCUGGAGAAACCCAAGAGGCCCAUCUCUGCCAUGUUCAUCUUUGCUGAGGAGAAGCGUCCCAAACUGCAGCAGGAGAAGCCCGACGUCUCCGACAGCGAGCUCACCAGACUCCUGGCCCGCAUGUGGAACGACCUGCCGGAUAAAAAGAAGGAGAAGUACAAACGUUUAGAGGCGGUCCUGAAAGCCGAGUCGGAGAAAAAGGAGAAGGAGGAUCGGAGUCGUCUGCCAGAUCCGCCCAAGACCGCUCAGGAAAUCUGGCAGCAGAGUGUAAUAGGAGACUACCUGGCCCGAUUUAAGAGCGACCGUCCCCGGGCCCAGAAAGCCAUGGAGGGGGCCUGGAGCACCAUGGAGAAAAAGGAGAAGAUUAUGUGGAUUAAGAAGGCGGCAGAGGACCAGAAGAGAUACGAGAGGGACCUGUGUGAGAUGCGCUCUCCGGCCGCCGCCAUCGCCUCCGGAAAGAAGAUGAAGUUUGAGGGGGAGCCAAAGAAACCGCCCUCAAACGGCUACCAGAAGUUCUCCCAGGAGAUGCUGUCCAACGGGGAGCUGAAUCACCUCCCCAUGAAGGAGCGGAUGACGGAGAUCGGCAGCCGGUGGCAGAGGCUGCCCCUAAAGGACAAGGACCGCUACAAGAAGAUCGCCGAGGAGAAGCAGAGGCAGUACAAAGUGCUGCUGGAGCAGUGGCUGGCUAGUUUGUCUUCACAAGAGCGGAACACUUACAAAGAAUACAACUCCCAGAAAAGGAGAAAUCCUGCCAAACCAGGAGGCCCCAAGGCAAAGUCGAAGAAAUCGGUGAGUGUCGGAGCCGCCGUGCCCCCGGCCGCGUGCGUCCCUCCGGCCGCGUGCGUGCCCGGCCUGACCCGCGUCUGUCUGCAGGACACGGAGGAGGAGGAGGACGACGAGGACGAGGACGAGGAUGACGAGCAGGAGAAGGCCUCCUCCGAGGCGGACUCAUCCAGCGAGGACGAGGACGACGAUGACGAGGACAAGGACGGUGACGAAGACGACGAGGAUGACGACGACGACGAGGAUGACGACGACGAGGCGGAGGACAAGGAGAACAAGUCGGAGGACAGCAGCAGCGAGUCCAACUCGGGGGGGUCGUCGGACUCGGACUCGGACUGACCGGCUGACCGGCCGUCCGUCCGUCCGGAGACGAACUGAGCAGCGCUGAGCUGAGCCAAGAGUCCAGGGAGCUCUGCCACUGUGCCAACCCUGCCCUCCUCCCACCACCAGAGGGAGCCCCGCAUCGCUUCAUCCACCCCACACUCGCCCCCCUUUGGUCCCCGCCCCCCUAAUCCGCUCCUGGGGGGGGGGGCCCGCCCCCCCAAAACGAGUCGAUUCCCUCCUGGGUUUGAUGGGUCUGACCCGCUGACAUUAUGCCAAAAACAGCAUCCCACUGGCUUGGUGAUGUCAUGGACAUUUCUGCCCCCCCGGUUCAAUUCAUUUGCAGGCGGAAUGGUUUCUGGUUAGAGUUUUAAUCCGUAGGGCCAAUUACUGCCCGCCCAUUUCUUUUAUUAUUGUGGAAAAUUAGUUCAAGUCAGCCGGAGUGAGUGGUGAGCAGGCUUCAUCGAGCCAAAGAGCGUGGUCUGGUGGGGACGGGGGGG